AUGGAGUUUGCGCUAGCUGAGACGCCUGAGAAGCUUCUUAACCUACUGAGUAGUUAUCGUUCGUCGAACUUCGACCGCAUCACAUUAUGUGGCGUUUUUGAAACUGUGCCAGAGCUGCAACGAACCCGAUUUUUGCGAACGUUGAAACGUAUACAGCACGUGAGCGGCACGACCCUUUUGGAAUUCAAUGCCUGUACAGCUGCACAUAUGGCAACUCAUGCAUGGACGAACAAUGAAACGGGCUUUACACUUCAAGAAACACUUGGCUACUCGGAUCACUACGAACGCACGUUUCUUGAAUGGAAUCGUCAAUUUCAAGCGCGAUGGGGACCACACAUCAUCGCUUCCCGAGUCCUUCAAACGCACGUGGGAGUUCUAUCUGCUGCACUCGGCUGCUUGCUACCGAUCUGGUGCACUUCAAGUCUUUCAAAUCAGAAUGAACUAAUUUAA